UCACUCCUCCUGUUUUAGGGCGCUUUGCUCUUGACAUUCACCUUCACACACCUUAUGAUCCUCAAUAGCGAUUCCUCACCAGUGAAAAGAGAGACCCAAGGGACACUCCAGUGGCUCCCAGUGCGUGUUCUCAGUACUCCAGAAUUUUGGGGCCGGGGAGGGGGGCUGGUAGAGUGGGCAAACAAUUACCCUUGCUCUCUCGCUGGGGAGUUUCCUUUAUACCCCUUCCCCCAUGGACAUUUGGCACAGCCUGUCCACCUUGUUCCCUCACUCACUCACGUUUUAUUGAGCACCUGCUCUGUGCCCAGUACUGUGCUGCUUUUGAAGAUAACAAAGAGAAGACUGACACAGCCCCUUUCCCCUUAAACGGAGCUUGCACUCUAGUAAGGGAGGCGCUUGGCGCCCCACAAACACUCCUAAACAAAAGAUGAAGAAGACAACUUUACAGAGUGAUAAACACUAUCAAGAAAACAGGUGAUAUGAUGAACAGUAAAUGCCAGGAACAGCAUCACUCCGGAGGUAGCAAAGGAGCCAGCUUGCCAAGAUCUUGUGACUAAGACACUCCAGCGGCAUGAGCAGCGCCCCCGCGCCGGGCCCGACGCCCGCCAGCCUCACGCUCUGGGACGAGGAGGACUUCCAGGGCCGCCGCUGCCGGCUGUUGAGCGACUGCGCAAACAUCGCCGAGCGCGGAAGCCUGCGCAGGGUGCGCUCUGUCAAGGUGGAAAAUGGCGCUUGGGUGGCCUUUGAGUACCCCGACUUCCAGGGACAGCAGUUCAUUCUGGAGAAGGGUGACUAUCCUCGCUGGAGCGCCUGGAGUGGCAGUGGUGGCCACCACAGUGACCAGCUGCUCUCCUUCCGGCCAGUGCUUUGCGCAAAUCACAGUGACAGCCGUGUGACCCUGUUUGAGGGGGAGAACUUCCAGGGCAGCAAGUUUGAACUCAGCGAUGACUACCCAUCCCUGCCCUCCAUGGGCUGGGCCAGCAAAGAUGUGGGUUCCCUCAAAGUCAGCUCUGGAGCGUGGGUGGCCUACCAGUACCCAGGCUACCGGGGCUACCAGUAUGUAUUGGAGCGGGACCGGCACAGUGGGGAGUUCCGUACCUACACUGAAUUUGGCACGCAGGCCCACACCGGGCUGCUGCAGUCCAUUCGAAGAGUCCAGCACUAAGUUCCACAGCCCUGACACCUCCCCUGAGGACCCUCAAUAAA